AUGGAAUUGAAUCUCGCUCGUCUUCGCAGUGUUAUUCUGCAAACAAUUAUUGAGAAAGGGCAUGCGUGUUCGAUCGAAGAUUUGAGUAAGAUAUUUCAACGAUCAUCACAGGAUGUCAUUCAGUGUCUACAUGAUCUUCAAGAAUAUCACGGUGUUGUAUUGCAUCCAAAAUCGUCUGAAAUCUGGAUUAUUCAUCCAUUCUCUUUGGCACCAACUAAUUUCUGGGUAGAAAGUGCUCGAGGAAAAUGGUGGGGUAAUUGUGCUUGGUGUAGUUUAGGCGUUGCUGCUCUUCUCAAAGAAGAUGUCACUAUUACAACGAUACUUGGUGGUGAAGCAACUCAAAUUCAAUUUCACAUCAAGAACGGAGAAAUCAUAUCUAUUCAGCCACUUUUUGUUCAUUUUCCAAUACCUAUGAAAAAUGCUUGGGACAAUGUGGUCUUUACUUGUAGUAUCAUGCUAAUCUUUAAUUCAGAAGCGGCUAUUGACAAUUGGUGCCAACGACAUCGCUUGCCUAAGGGAGAUAUUCAACCUAUCGAAAAGAUUUGGAAAUUCGCUCAAGUCUGGUAUGGAAAUCAUCUACGCGAAGAUUGGAAAAAAUGGACUGCUGAGGAAGCUUUAUCUAUUUUCAGCCAAUUUAAUCUUACGAGCAAAAUUUGGCAAAUUCCCGUUUCUAACGUUCGAUUUUGA